GUCGUCACCGUUUACCCGCGUUCAUUGAACAACACACUUCGUUUGGCGGGAUUGGGUCGAGAGGAGACUUCUGUCAUCGUCUAAUCGAAAUCAUGCAGUUUUCUGGCAGGAGAAGGAAGAUCAUCACCAACUCUUCCACAGAGUAUGGACACUCUCUGCAGUUCUAUGGGCAGCCUCCUCUUGAAAACAUCUCUCUCACUGAGUUUGAGACGUUUGCUGUGGAAAGACUGAAAUUGUUGAAGACUGUAGAGAAUUUGGGAGUGAGCUAUGUGAAACUGUCUGAGCAGUACGCGAAGAAACUGGAGGCCGAGUUUAAAAACCUGAACUUUCCGUACAGAUCAGAGGCGGAGGACAGAAAAGGUCAGAGUGGACCGAGUGAAUACGAGAAACGAAGAAAGGACCACAUCUCCCACUUCAUUCUUAGACUGGCCUACUGCCAAACGGAGGACCUGAGACGCUGGUUUAUACAACAAGAGGUUGACCUUUUUCGCUUCCGCUUCAAUGAUCUGCAUCCAAAGCUAAAGCUGGAAUUUCUUCACAGAAAUAAUCUGCAGUAUGACACGAUUAGUGUCGAGGAGAAGAAGACUCUGCUGGAUAAACUUGUCAACUCCAGUUACGCCGUCAGUGGAAUCACAGUGGAGGAUCAGGACUUCUACAAAGUUCCCUUCCAAGAUGCCCUGGAUCUGGUGCGAACGAGGAAAGUGUACCUCAAAGCCGGCUAUGUGUACAUCCCUCAUCAGGACAUCGUCACCAUUGUUCUCAAUGAUUUCCGCACUCGACUCUCCAAAGCUCUUGCACUGACAGCGCGCUCCUUACCAGCCGUGCAGUCUGAUGAACGGCUCCAACCGCUCCUUAACCACCUCAGUCAUGCCUAUGUGGGACAGGAUUACAGCAUCCAGAAGAAUGUUGGGAAAAUCUCCCUGGAACAAAUUGAUCCGCUUUCAGGAAAGUCCUUCCCGCUCUGUAUGAGGCAGCUACAUCAGAGCCUCAGAGAGAACCACCAUCUCCGCCAUGGUGGUCGUAUGCAGUACGGCCUCUUCCUCAAAGGCAUUGGCCUUUCUCUGGAGCAGGCGCUGCAGUUUUGGAGGUCAGAGUUCAUCAGAGGCAAAGUGGAUGCAGACAAGUUUGACAAACAAUAUGCCUACAGCAUCCGCCACAUGUUUGGCAAAGAAGGCAAGCGAACAGACUACACCCCCUACAGCUGCAUGAAGGUGAUUUUAUCAAACGCACCCAGCCAAGGCGACCAUCAUGGAUGUCCGUUCCGUCACAGUGACCCGGAGCUGCUGAAACAGAAGCUUCAGUUCUAUAAGGUGUCUCCAAGUGGAGUCAGUCAGAUCCUGGAGCUGGUUAAGGGGAUGCACUAUCAGCUGGCCUGCCAGAAGUACUUUGAGCUGACACACAAUAUUGAGGAUGCCAAUUUCUCACUCAAUCACCCAAACCAGUACUUCAUCGAGAGCCAGAAACUUUUGGGGGGAGGAAAAGAAAUAAAGCGAGAGCUGGACACACCACAGAGGUCGCAGGAAAAAACGACCGCUAAAGGAUCCAGCGCAGCUCAAGAGGCAAAGGCGAACACCACCCAAGGUUUGGAUGAGAUGACAGAAGAUCUGGAUGCUUUCUUUCAAGAUGCCUGAUUACAUUUUAUACUUCAUACAUGCAGAAAUAAAUAUUUUUCUUUUUUAUGAAGAUUGAGGGCCCACAUUCUUACUUGCGUCAAAUCUUUAAAAGUCACUGUAUCCAUCUUGAUGUGUAUUAAAGUUGUAUAUUUGCAA